CCCAAAAAUCUGUUUACAAACUUUGUAGAUUUAAACACCUAUAACAUCCAGAGCUCAUACGGAUCUUUUUCACAUCUUUCACAUUGCAACCACAAUAUAUUUAAAUACUUCAAUGUAUUUUAUUUGGAUUUUAUGUCACAGACCAAGACACAAAAAAAGCAUGAUUGGCAAUUAAAUGAAAGGUUUGCUUUCCUCCUUUUCAAAUUGAAUUAAUAGAGUCUGAUGUACAUAUGUUUUCCCUUCUUACACUUCCCAAGUGGUUUCCAAGAAAUACUAGCCAGGCGUUCAACAGCUUGCCAUACAAGGAAAGCAAAGUUAUCAUGUACUAGUUUGUAUCAGUAACACAUUGAGUGAGCAAUUAUAAAGAAAUAGAAAGUGUUGGGCCUGAGUGUCGCCUAGUGUGAAAUGUUUUUCCUAAAAAAAAAAAAACAGAAUAAUAAAACAGUACCUGUUUGAUUAAAUUCUUCAUAUUUUGACAUAUGAGGGACAGAUAAGAUCUCCAGCUAGCAACAUGACUAACAGCAGCUCUGUGUUUGCUGUAAAUACAUCCAUAGUAACAAAAAAAGAAAAAAAGAGCUUCUUUGAAUACAAGGAAGUAUGAGGUCAUGUAUCUGGCUCAGAUUUCAGUACAUACAAACAUCCUUUUUUGUGUAACUACUGACUAGUAUUUACACAAAUGCCCACUUAGUCUCCCCCCAUUGGGUUGACUAAGUGGGCAAUCGUGAAUGGUACCAUCUGCUGUUCUGUCCUGUAGUGUUUGCAUUAGGUCAUUGAUGAGUAACCAACUUUUCAGGCUGCAAAGAUGUUAGAUCCGUUAUUGGGACUGAUUUCAGUUUCUGUUCUCCUGUGCUUAUCUUCAACUGCUACAGGCAACGUUGUCAGAUUGGUUGGUUCGAGGUCAGAUGGGUAUUGCACUGGAAGAGUUGAAAUCUACCACAAUGGAGAAUGGGGAACAGUCUGUGAUGAUGGCUGGGAAUAUCAUGAUGCUAAUGUAGUCUGUAAACAGUUAGGCUGUGGUCCACCAUUGACUGUUCAUGCAUCCGCUUACUUUGGUGAAGGCACAGGAAAAAUCUGGCUGGAUGAUGUUGGCUGUUCAGGAAACGAAAAGUCUCUUUCUGAAUGCUACCACAGAGGAUUUGGAACCCACAACUGUGAGCAUGUCGAGGAUGCAGGCGUCACUUGUUACCCUCAACAGAUCUUGCCAUUUCAAUCAUGCAAUGGAUAUGUCUAUUUAUACCACGAUUGGGGAUGGAGCGUACCCAGUUAUAACGGCUUUGACAUGAAUGCUGCAAAUGUGGCCUGCAGACAGAUGGGCUGUGGUCCAGCAAUCUCUCACUCAGGCUACUCUUCAGGCAGCACAUUGCUGCCUGAUUUGAGCUGUUCAGGAAGUGAAUUUUCUCUAAUGGAAUGUCAGCACAGUUAUUCUUGGACAUACCAAUAUGGUUACUAUACUUAUGUCUACUGUUCAGAUUAUCCAGUCCGUCUAACGGGGCCGUCUCGGUGCGCUGGACGGGUUGAAAUCUACUAUAAUGCUGCCUGGCAAACCGUGUGUGAUGACGGCUGGGACUUGAAUGAUGCUCAGGUGGUCUGCAGUCAGUUGAACUGUGGCGUAGCCGUGGCUGCUCCUCACUUGGCGUACUUUGGAAAAGGAGGAGAUAAAAUCCUGCUUGACGAUGUGGCCUGUAUGGGGAAUGAAACACAUCUGACUCGGUGCUCACACAGAGGAUACUUAGAUCAUAACUGCAGUCAUAGUCAGGAUGCUGGUGUGAUCUGCUCAGCCGGCCUGAGCAGGUUAAUUGGGCCAACUAGAUGCUCUGGAAGAGUUGAAAUCUUCAACAAUGGAUCCUGGGGAACCGUCUGCAAUAACAGCUGGGACAUAAACGAAGCUCGAGUGAUUUGCAGACAGCUGGGAUGUGGCACAUCUCUGAGUGUCCUUCACUUUGGAGAGGGAAUAGGAGAAAUUAAUGAAGUGACUUGCACAGGGAGCGAAAGAUAUCUGCCUGAGUGUUCGUACAGUAGAGAUGGAGCUCAGAACUGUAAUCACAGUCAGGAUGCUGGUGUCAUCUGUUCAGGCCCUAUAAGGCCCACUAUUGGACUUACUCCUCAAGGUGACAUCACCUUGGGUCAUAAUGUCAGCAUCAGUUGUUCAGUCACUGAUGCACAAGUAAGAGGGAUAUUUGUCUUGACGAAGACCACAGGCUCAUUCAGCCAGGCCGUGAACUCAAGCAGCAGCUCUGCUACUUUCUAUAUCCUUCAGGCCACUUUCAUUGAUCAGGGUUGGUACAAGUGUCAGCUUCAAAUCAUACUUCCCAAUGAAAACUUCACCACUCUCUUUAGUGACACAGUCCAGCUAAGAGUGAUCUUUCCAGCACCCACGAUCAGCAUUGAACCCUCUGGAGUGAUUACUCUCGAUCAGGAUGUUAGAAUGGUUUGUUCAGUCACUAAUGAACAAGGAGGAGGGUCAUUUAUCUUCAGGAAGUCUUCAGGAAGUUUCAGUGAGACUGUGAACUCAAGCAGCAACUCUGCUACUCUAAAUAUCCCUAAAGUUACCUUUACAGAUGAGGGAGACUACAAGUGUCAGUUUAAAGUGAGGAUUUCUAAUGAUGACUUCAGCACCAACUUCAGCAGCAAUGUCUCACUCUAUAUAAAAGGUGAAAUUCCAAAACCCAACAUCACCUUGCAGCCUACCGGUCUGGUUUCCUGGGGUCAGAGUAUCAGCAUCGUAUGUAACGUUAUGGAUGGAUUGAAUGGAUCAUUUACAUUCACAAAGCCUCCGGGUUCUGUCAUGCAGACUGUAAACUCAAGCAGCAACAUGGCUACUUUAGAUAUCGCAGAAGUUCGUUUGGGAAAUGAGGGAUUGUACCAGUGUCAGUUUCAAAGAACGGUCUCUGGUGAAGUGUUUCACACCAACUUUAGUGACCCUGUCUGGCUAACUGUGAACCUUUCACAGCCGACCAUCACCUUGGAUUCUGCCGGUGGGGUGAUGUGGGGUCAGGAUGCUACUCUCACCUGUUCAGUCAUCGAGGGACGGGUAGGAGGAUUUUUUGUCUUUAGGAGAAUGCCUGGUAAUUUCAUCCAAACUGUAAGCUCAAGUAGCAACACAACUACAUUCCAUAUCACUCAAGCUAACUUGAGAGAUGAAGGAUUAUACCAGUGUCAGUUUCAAAGGACAGUUUCUGAUCAUGACUUCAACACCAGCUUCAGUGAUUCUCUCCAACUAACUGUAUUUCUUCCAAAGCCCAGCAUCACUUUGUAUCCUGCUGGUGUGGCUUCUUUUGGUCAGACUGUCAACAUCACUUGCUCAGUCUCUGAGGGUCAAGUAGGAGGAUCAUUUAUCUUCAAGAAUACUUCAGGAACAAUCAUUCAUGUUGUAAAUUCAAGCAGCAGCUCGGCUUCAUUUCAAAUCAAUCAAGUCAGCUUGGUGGAUCAUGGAUGGUACCAGUGUCAGUUUCAAAGAAGGUCUUUUAAUCAAGACUUGAGCACCAACUUGAGUGAUUCUGUCCAACUAAAUGUGAGCCUACCAAAGCCCAACAUCACCAUCCAGCCCACUGGUGUGGUUAUGUGGGGCCAGGAUGUCCACAUUACUUGUUCUAUCACUGGAGUGGAAGUAAUAGGAUCAUUCAUCUUCACAAAGACCCCAGGUCCUUUCACCCAGACUGUGGACUCAAGCAGCAACUCUGCUAUUUUACAUAUCCUUCAAGUCAACUUUACAAAUGAGGGAUCGUACCAGUGUCAGUUUCAAAGAAGAGAUUCUAGCUCUGUUUUUAGUGAUAAUGUCAACCUGAAUGUGACAGUGAUUCUUCCAAAACCAAGCAUCACCAUGGAGCCUGCAGGCGUGGUUACUUUUGGUGACCUCAUUGCCAUCAAUUGUUCUGUCUCCACUCAAUAUUUAGGCGGCUCAUUCACCCUGCAGAAGACCUCUGGAUCAUUCAAUAAGACCCAACAAUCAAGUACCAACUCCUCUACGUUCAGAUUUCUUGAAGCCAAUAAUAAUUAUGAGGGAGAUUACCGCUGUUAUUAUGAAAAACUUGUGGAAUAUAAAACUUUCACCUCCCCUCUAAGUGACAAUGUCACAGUUUCUGUUACUAAUAACUGAAGUUCAUGUGUGUGACCCUUCCUCAAUCUCCUAUUAUAUUACUAUCCUAAACUAAUGUAAUCUAAUGAAUGUUGCAUGACGUGAGUGUGUAAGUUGUCACUAUGCAAUCAACCAAUUAAAUCAUAGUGCUGAUACAAAGAACAGAGUUAGUAGUUGCUAAAUAUAUUCAGCAAGUGAACAAUCAAUCAAUCAAUCAAUCAAUCAAUCAGCUUUAUUGUCAAUUCCUCUUACAUGUCCAGACAUACAAGGGAAUCGAAAUGACGUUUCUCACUAUCCCACAGUGAUACAAGACAGGGCGUUACUAACAUUGAGUAACAAUAAAAGACACAGUCUAACUAAAAUUAUCCUAAACAAUUAAUAAAUAGAUGUACAAUAACUAGACAUAUAGCGUAAAAAGUUUUACAACUGAGAAUGUAUAUGUAUAUAUAUAAGUAUAUAGAGAUGUACAGAUAAAAAAGUGGUUGCAGUUGUGCAAGGUUCUGGGUUUCUUCUUCAUCUUCUUGUCCGCCUUGAUGCUGAGGGGAGGGAACAAGAGGGAAGAAUUAUUUUUUAUAGAAUUGUUGAGAUGUAAGAGUACAUAAAAUAACGCACAAUAAACCUCAGUGGGGUAAGAAACUUGGUUGAGAUCAAGGUUGACGCUGCAAAACAGCAUUACCAGAUACUCCACACAACUAGAUUUAAACAAAUUGUCCCUUUCUGAACCACUGCUUAGCCCCCAAUAAUUUCAAGUAUCAUUUUCACGACAUAAAUAGGCUAUUGGGUGUAAUGAAAAUAAAAAUGAAAAAGUUCUAAAAGUUAGUUGAGUAAAUUUGAGGGUUUCCUGAGGGUUAUUGCUUCUUGGACUUUUUCCUUCACAAAUGUAAUGUAAAAUCUUCUAUAGGAUAAAAGGUGAUUGCUUUAUUUUUAGAUUUUGAGUCUAUUUAUAUUUCUGUCCUCAUUCUGUAAUUAUCAUUGUGUUGUAUUUGAUGGUGUUCUUGACUUGUCUGUGGUGAAUUUUAAUAAAUGAUGUAGCC